AUGGUUUUUGCAUUUGUUCGGCGUUUUGGUCAAAACGUUGCUGAAGCGUCAAUUGACAAUCUUCUCCGUUGCUCGCACUUCAUCGUCGACAAGUUGCAUGUAGACACUGAUAAUCGCCUCGCUGUCGGACAGGUUCAGGCUGAAGCCACUCUUACCAAAGAUGGACCACCAGAAGACGAAUCCCCACCAGCCUAUGAAGAGUUCUUCGAGAGUCCCUGUUUCAUCAGUACACAGUACAAAGAUGACCGCGCAGUCGUGAGGCAGGACAACAUUGCGUCCCAUGCCGGCACAGCGGCUCACGCCAAGAAUUGCGAGUGCAAAGGUUGCCGUGAUAGAAGACGUCCCUUCCACAAAGGUGGGACAGGUCGACGGCAUGGCUACCGCGGAUCGCCUAUAUCAACAAGAACGGCUGCCACUGACCUGGCCGCCUGGAGGCAAUCCUUGCCCCAGCCAGAUCUUCAAAGCCAACAAUCUACCACGAACUCUCCAAUUAGUAGGAUGCCUCAGGAAGCAUUGUCACAACCAUCGAGGCUACGUGGUGGUGACUUCCAGAUCCUGGAACCGGUUUCUAACCGUUUUGCCGCGCUUCACGUUGAGAGAACCAAGGACGAGGAGGAAUACCAGCAAAGUGCAGAUAAGCACAAUGAUCACGACUCGAACAACGGCUCGAGCACUUACUCCGCCCAACCAGCCGACGAGACCUCGAUUCUUCAUCAACCAGAGCAAUUCUCGAUCACCGAUACGCUAUGGCACCAGAUGGCCGCAUUCGACAAUUGGUCAGAUACCAACGUCGACGACAGCGACCUUGCAGGCGAAGGUUCUGACGAUAGGGCCAUUGCUUCCACAGCUAUGUCUGCCGGACUCUCCAUCAAGACCAACCUAUCCGUCACCAGCAGUGACUCCGAAGACGGCCGCGUCUGCACAUUGUGGAAGCCCAAAAAGAAAAACUUUGUUCCUAUUACCACACUACUCCCAGGCCCGCGAACAGCCGGGGGCGCGUCCGAAGAAAUGCCAUGGGAGGAAGACGACUGGCAGGAACGGGAGCUUCUUGGGGUGAGGCUGUUGAGUUGGACCAAGACAAGGCUUCUGCUUAGGUAUACGCAAGGGGAUGACGAGGUUGAAUAUUUUGUAAAUAGCGAGGUGCUGUGA